AUGAGGCUAAUAGUAAUUCUGAUGUGUUUCCUUCUUCUGGCACAAACCACAGAAUGUAAACCACGUCCAGGGAGAAAGACCUUCAACAAGCUGCUGGUCAUCUCCUUUGAUGGCUUCAGAUGGGAUUAUGACCAAGAUGUGGAUACCCCAAACAUGGAUAAGAUUGUGAAGGAGGGAGUGAAAGCCAAAUACAUCACGCCACCCAUGAUAACCAUGACUUCCCCAUCUCAUUUCACGACAAUCACUGGUAGAUGGAUUGAAGACCACGGUGUGGUCCACAACAUGAAGUUUAACUCCACGACACUUCUUAAAUUAACCCACAAGGCCACUCAAAACCAGUCUGAUUGGUGGGACAAUGGGGUUGAACCUCUUUGGAUCACAGCUCAGAAUCAGGGUCUAAAAACAGCUUCAUUCCACUAUCCAGGAGGGGGAGCAAAUUAUAGCGGACAGGCAGUGAAUCGGGCUUUGGUUGAGUCCUAUGCGCACCCAGAUAGCAAUGAAACAGAGUGGCGUGAAAACAUUGACAUUGUUAUGGGCUGGUUUACCCAGGAAGACUUUGACUUUGUAACACUGUACUAUGGGGAACCAGACAGUGUAGGACAUUCCAAAGGACCAGAGACUAUAGAGAGAAAAGACAUGAUUAAGCAGAUUGAUCGUACCAUUGGAUACCUUAUGGAGUCCAUACAGCAACAUCAGCUGACCCAUCGCCUUAAUGUUAUAAUCACUUCUGACCAUGGUAUGACCACAAUCAAGAAGAACCCCAAAGUAGAAGAGAUACUGCUUUCAAAAUAUCUUAAGUUCUGGAAUUUAGUCCAUUUUGACCUGCUUGACUAUGGUGGCUUUGGAAUGAUCACACCCAAAAAAGGCAAAGAGCAGGAGGUUUUCAAUGCACUGGUAAACGCCCAUCCCAACUUAACAGUGUACCGAAAAGAAGAACUUCCUGAGGACUUUCAUCUGGCCAAAAACAGCAGAAUCCAGCCCAUUGUUGUUGUUGGGGACUUGGGAUUCAACCUGAAUUCAAGAGUUAUCUUCUACGUUAAUAAAGGAGACCAUGGAUUUCACAAUGGGGAGAUGGACAUGAAGACCAUCUUCCGUGCUUUUGGCCCUGAUUUCAAAAAGAAUUAUUUGGCUGAGCCCUUUGACAGCGUCAACAUCUACCCACUGAUGUGCAAACUCCUGGGUGUCACACCUGCCCCCAACAACGGCUCUUUAACCUUUACAGAGGGAAUGCUAUUGGAUGAGUUUGACAAAGACACACCAGGUUUGACUGAUCAAAUCAGACGGCACGGGGAAGCGGCAAUAGGAACAAGAUGUCACUUCUUCUCAUGA